AUUUGUUCAGACGUGUCGAGUGAAAUCUUUGGAUGAUUGCAAAAAGAUAUAAUUUAAACUGUUAAAUUUUGAAUAAACAAGUAGAUAGCAACUAAAACUGGAUAACUUGACAAGGUUUAUAACUGUUAGUUAUGAGUAUAUACGAAGAUUAUAACAAAGCGUCUCGUCUCUAUGACAACCAGAGAGUUGCUGUCGGUGCCGAUGUUAUGGCUGCUAUGCUACAGUUUUACAGCGGUAAACCGUUAGAGGUUUUGAAGAUUUUGGAUGCCGGAUGUGGUACUGGAAAUUAUGCAAAAGCAUUUAUUGAAAUGGGUGCUAAGCAGAUAACUCUACUGGAUGCUUCGUCAAAGAUGUUAGAUAAAGCCAGAAGCAAGCUGAAAGAAUGCAAAGAAAAGGGCAUGAUAGCAGGUAUUAUAGAGGCGAAGAUGCCACCAAUGCCAUUCCCAGAUGAUACAUUUGAUGCUGUCAUGUUCAAUGUGGUUUUGAAUCAUUUGGACCGAAAUGAUAAUACAUUUCCAAACAGUGUGGCAACACUGAAGGAAACAGUUCGAAUUCUACGACCAGAAAGUCUAAUCAUCAUAUCUGCCAUGCCCGACACAGUACUAACAAGAGUUACAUGGUUUACACAACUUAACAUGGACUUAACAAAUCGAUUCGUUGAAGCAGUUGUGCCCACUCUGGAACAGUGUGAACAAAUGUUUCAUGACGCUGGAAUCACGUGUAUUCAGAAGCUAAAUAUACUAGGGUCAGACGUAUUCAAAAAUUAUUACAAUCUCGAUGGUCCAUUGGAUGAGGAAUGGCGAGGAACCAACGCAUACUGGUCAUUUGCAACAGAAGAAGAAAUUGGUGUCGUUGAAAAAAAGGUUAAAGAUUUAAAAGCUAGAGGUGAAUAUGAAAAAUGGGUAAAGGAACAUGACCAUUCUGGUGAUACAGGGAUACUCACUAUAUUCUUUUGUAAAAAAAACCUAUCGAAACCAAGGUCUAAUUGAUCAUUUCUGAAGCAAGUUGUGUAAUAUUUGAACUUGCUCUUUAAAUGUAUAAAGUACAUUUGUAGUUUUUGUAUGCUAUAUAUGUAAAAAUAAUUAUACUUCUACAGUCUGUAAAUCCUAUAUCUGAUUCGCAAGGGAUUCAAUCAUAUUUUCAUAGACUGUUGUUGAACAGUUGUCGGGGCUUUGUGGUUUAGUAAUUAUUAUUUUAAUUACAAAAAGAAAGAAAAGUUGGAUGACUUCAGCUCUUUUUUAAGACUGGCUACAUAACUUGAACAGGAUAAUGCGUCGUAAAAAUAGAAAUAUUUAAUUGUUCAU